UUUUGUGGUUUAACGAUAUACACACAGGCACUUACACACUUUGGUAUUAUGUUUUUGUGGUGAACCAAAAUCCUUUCUUCAUGCUUUUUAUUUUUCCUGUGGAAGGCAUCACCUAUUGCACAUUUAAAAGUGUUAUGUCCCAUUCAGUUGUAAUACAGCAUUGAAUAUUGUUUAUUUUAAGUACUUCAUUUCAAUUGUGUUAAAGUUUCAGAUAAUGUAGCAAUGCCUGGAUGGCUCAGUUGGUUAAGCGUCUGACUUUGGUUCAGGUCACGAUCUUGCAGCUGGUGAGUUUGAGCCCCACUCUGUGCUGACAGCUCAGAGACUGGAACCUGCUUCAGAUUCUGUGUGUCUUUCUCUCUUUGCCCCUCCCCUGUUCAUGUUCUGUGUUUCUCUCAAAAAUAAACAUUAAAGUUUCAGAUAAUGUAUUUUCAGAUAGAAUUUGACCUACUUUCAUGUUUUUUCUGUUCCAAAUUGUUUUGGCUAUAGCCCCACCCAAAAUCAAAAUUGACACAAAAUUGACUUUUAAGAUAAUUCUCAGUUUGUAUGUGAAUACAUAAAAUUUAAAUUUAAAUUUAAAAAUGUAAAUUUUUAAAAAUUUAAAACUUUUACAUUUCGAUUGCACCGAAUUUCUGUAGUCACUGAGAUUUUUAUGUCAUGAUGUCCUCUAGGUUAAGAAUUGGUUUGGCAGCUUUACUCCUGUCAUAUUAUGUCCUCAAAAAGUUUUAAAGACAUUUUUAUGUGGGUCUACAAAAUUAUUUCAAAUGGAAGCCAUAAUAUUUUGCUGUUGUAAGUAGACUUUGUGUGUGUGUGUGUGUGUGUGUGUGUGUGUGUGUGUUUGCUUAGUUUUUAAAUUAUAUUAACUAAGCAGUAUUGAUUUCAGUAUAUUAAGAAUAGCUUUGUCUACUUUUUAAAAUAUUUGUAUUAAGUAUGAUCAUUGAAAAGGCUUCUGUUUUUUGGAAUUUGAAAUCCUGUCUUCAAAGAACAGCUCCUGUUCCAGUUCUUUGGCUCUUCUCUUUCUCUCUUUUACUUGCCCUGAAUCCAGCGUCCUGUGCAGUGGUGAAUGGCUGCAGCCCUCACCAGCCCUCCUUUCUCAGCCUUCACUUUAGUGAGACUGCUUCUUUCUCUGAUGCUGAAUAUGUUUGCUGAGCUUUUCUUGAUUAGCAAGAAUUAUUCCCCCCUAUUUGACAUGAUUUUUAAAGAUUUGAAAUUAUUUUGAAAAGUCAUAUGUUUUUCUAAGGGUCUAUUGAUGUGAUCUAAUUAUUGGGGUAUUUAAAAUUAUUUAAUGAAGGUAAUAUGUUUUCUGGUAUUGAAGCAUUCAUUAUUGCAAUAAACUACACUUGACAAUGUUGUAUAAGUGCUUUGGGAGAAAUCACAAAUCCAUUGUAUGGAUGGAAUCUGAUAUAUAUAGUUUAUGUAUUAAAAUUGGCUGAUGGCAUUGUUCUUCUUUGUGAAUGAAUAUUCAUAACAUUUUCUUGGAAAUUAACCAAUUUCUCCUAUAUUUACAAUAACAAUAUAAUUCCUGUUUUUCUUACAUUUAAGUUACUGCUUUUAAAUGAAUACAUGGUCUAUUUUAUUUGCCAGUGUUAUUUUUUUCAUAAGUCCUCUGUAAUUGCUUGAUUUCACUGUGCAGACUUUUUAUUAAUUUCUGUCAAAUUUGUUUUCUUCAUUUCAUUCUUUAUUUACUCUUUUUAUUCUUCUUUUAUAAAUAUGUGGUUUAUUUGUGAACAUCUGAAAACUGAAAAGUCUUCUUUUUUCUUCUCUUGGUUUAUAAGUGUUUUUAAACUCACUGAAGGUUUUGGCUUUAACUCUUCUCCAGAGGCUUAAAAUGUCCAGCAGUUCUUGCUUGCUUUACACUGUGGCCAACCAAAUGCAAAGGUUACAUCUCUAAGAAGAUAUCUUCAGGUUGUAUGGUAACAUAGUGUUGCAACUUAAUAGUUAUGUCUUCAUUGUAUUUUAAAUGCAUUCAAGGAGGAAAAUUUUUUUAAGUACAUACACAGCCUGACUCAUGAUUAGCACAAAGUCUGACUCAUAACUAGCGAUCGAUAAUAACUGACACACUUAAAAAUGUAUUAUUUUUAUACUUCCUUUUCUUUUGUUCUCAUAUGCUUUCACUGUCAACACCCUAUGCCAGACAAAUACCUAAGUAUGAAAAUUAAUCAAACUCUUCCUAAUUGCUUUACUGCAUUCUUCAGCAAAGACUAAUUUGCAAACAAAUAUCUGUUCCCAUUUCUUGCUUGCAAUUCUCCAGUGGCUUCCCAUUAGCUUUAAAAAUUGAAAGAAAGACGAGUCCAAUUACAAUGACCUUUGGGCCCUGAAGUCCACCUGCCUGCCACCAUCUCAGGCUUAUCCCAUUGCUCGGCUGCCUGCCAGUAUGUUCUCCUUCCCUGGGCACCCUGGGCACUGCAGUGUGUCUGCAGUGUUACGCUUGCUCCCUCAUGAGGGUGGGGAGGGUGCAGGUACAGGGGUGAGCUUAUUUGUAUCUCUGCUGAACUUUCUAAUGCUUUCCCAAGUAAAAUUUUAAGGUAUCAGAUAAAUGAUAUGUGCAUUUUAAGAGUGUUUCCCCACUUCCGCAAAUGAAAUGUUUUAGUAUAUGUAUAUAGAAUAUCCUUGUCAUUAUUUCUUUAAAAAUCUCUAGUUCUAAACUAGACAACUCCCCAAGAACAGAUGAUCUCUGUGCUUUAUUCGUCCAUGUAAUUUCAUUGUUUGGUAUAGUCUUUGACUUGAAACAUAUUUAUUUAAAAAUUUUUUAAAAUUUAGUUAUUUUGAAAGAGAGAGAGACAGCAUGAGUGGGGGAGGGGCAGAGAGAGAGGGAGACAAAGAAUCUGAGGCAGGCUCCAGGCUCUGAGAUGUCAGCACAGAGCUGGACGCAGGGCUCGAACUCACAAACUGUGAGAUCAUGAUCUGAGCGAAAGCUGGAUGCUUAACUGACUGAGCCACCCAGGUGCCCCUUGAAACAUAUAUUUAUUAAUGACAAAAGGAGAUCAUCACUUUUUUUCUCAAAGACUCAGAUGUUGCAGUAAAUAGGUUGAAAAGACAGAACAUAUCAAAGAUACAUGAAAAUCAAAACAUUCGUCAACUAAUGGUUUUCUACUAAAAUAUACUAAAGAUCUUUUGCUGUCAGAAGAUUAAAAUGUUUAGAAAACCACAAAGUAUUUCUUUUCUUAAUUUUUUUUAAUGUUUAUUUAUUUUGGGGAGACAGAGUACAAGCAGGGGAGGGGCAGAGAAAGAGGGAGACACAGAAUCUGAAGCAGGCUCCAGGCUCCCAGCUGUCAGCACAAAGCCCAAAGUGGGGCUUGAACCCACAAAGUGCAGGAUCAUGACCUGGGCUGAAGUCGGGCGCUCAACCGACUGAGCCACCCAGGCGCCCGUACAACAAAGUAUUUCUUAUGGCAUCCUACCUGAAAGGAAAAUACAUUGCAUGAUUUUUCCUCCAAAAUAAUAUAUUCUAUUAGGAAUGUCUUAAUAUCUUAAAAUUUUUAUUCCUUUGCCAUCAGUUUAAAAUAUAUACUAUUUAGAGACAGUAGAAAUUCCAUGGUUGUCAGAGGGUGAGGGUGGGGAAGAGGAAUGGGAGUGGUUUAAUGGGAACAAGGUUUCAGGUUUAGAAGAUGGAAAGAGUUGUGGAGAUAGAUGGUGGUGAUGUUACACAACAUUAUGAAUGUAUUUAACACUACUGGAUCAUACACUUGAAAAUGAUUAGAAUGAGGGGCACUUGGACUGGAGCGGAGCUCAGUCAGUGGAACGUGUGACUCUUGAUCUCAGGGUUGUAAGUUCAAGCCCCACGUUGGGUGUAAAGAUUAUUUAAAAAUCUUAAAAAAACCAUGAUUAGAAUGGUAAAUGUUGUAUGAAUUUUACCACAAUAAAAUAAAAUAGAAAAAUAUCCUACUUAUAGUAAAAUCAAUUCUUACAGUGAUUGUUCACUCUGGAAAUAAAACAUCAAGUUAUAGAAUUCAUUUACUUAGUGGAAAAAUCUCAUUUUUGGAAAGUGGGGGGAGAAGUCAAAGAGUUCAAAGGCAUGGAGAAGAUUUGAAAUAUUUAAGGAACAUGGAAGACUUACUAGUUACCAAACAAGAACAGUGUUGCCAGAUAUAUGUGGAUGCCACUGUGAGUUGUGACUUCACAUACAGAGAAGGGUCAGUAUUCUAAUGCUGUGCUGCCAGAUACAGUCAUGGAACAGGCAGGUAUUUGGAGUCCCUUUCUGUUGGGGCCUUGAUGAGCAGAUAUAAUGAAAAAGACAUAAAUGACGUUAGUCUGGGCAAAUAUCUAUCGAAAUGGGUGACAGAAUUAAACUGGGCAGUACCAAUGAGGAGGGCUGGAGGCUAACAUUUAGGAAUUCUGGCAGUGCCAUGGUUCUUACGUGGUAGAAAACAUGGACACAGGGACAAAUUUUAUGAAAAAAAAACGAGAGUAAGAUAAAAACAGGGUGGCACCUCUGAUCAUUAAUGUUAGGGGUACUAUUCCAGGUAAAAUCUGGGUGGGAUGUGUAACCCUUAAAGAAUCUGAUAUUAGGAGGCAGGAAAGGAAAAUUCAAAUUCUACCUAUACCACUUUCUAAAAUAUGCUUAUGUCUAUGUAUAUGCUGGUGUGUGUGUAGUUGUGUCCUAUGACUAAAGUUUCCUGGACUGAUGAUGAUGGCAUUGAUUAAUAAUAACAAAACCAUAACUAGCAGAAUUAUUUUGAGAAAUAAAUGAACAACUGUAUGUAAAUUUCCAAGCACAAAGUCACAUAAACUAAAACUAUUGUUAUCUUGUCUUGAUGUGAGAUACAAAUGGGUGAGUUGAACCCACUUAUGUUUAUGACUUAUUAUUAUCAUUUCUCCAUGAAAUAUACUUACUUACUAUGGAUGUUUUAGGGGGAGGAUUUACAAUUUAUAAAUGUUUUCAGAGAUAUACACAUACAGAAAAUCAAACCAUGAAAUUCAGGAAAGUUGUAUCUAAUGCAGAUUUCAGUGAACAAUUUUCUAAAACUUUAGUUGGAGUAAAUAAAUGCCCUCCAAAAAUCCUUUCAUUGUAUAAUUUCUGGGAGUACUACCCUGUAAAGAUUGUUAGACAUGACAAUAAUGCCAUAACCCACAUGUUCCUACAGUUUUCUGAUGCAGGGGAUUUUAAGGGUUAAAUAUGUGGCAUGGGUGUCAUUGAUCCUCAAAAUGAAGUAAGUCACUGAAUUGAUUAACCUUACCAUAAAAUGCAUUCUUGUUGUUGUUUCAUAACCAAACCCAUUCAGAACAAAUCGAAAGGUAAAUGUUGAGGGAGCGAUGUUACUGGAGACCCUUCUUGGAGGAGACCAUGAUUGAUACGGAAUUCAGAGGGCUGAGGGCAGGGAAGAAUAGGAAUGGAGUGAGAUACCAGAGGGCUGAGGAACCAAGGAAAGUGCUAGUCAGUACACAAACUAAUCCCUCAGCCUGAGAACUUUCACAAGGGUUCCACAUAUGCCAGAAAUCCUAUUUUGUAAUCAGGAGGAAGUGGGUUUUCACAUUCUUCCUAAAUUGAGGGUACUUCUAUCUUCUCUCCAAGCAACAAGAGUCAGAGCCUUAACUUUUUCCCUGGUAGUGGAGAGCCAUCCCCCUGCAACCCCAUUUCCUUUGGAGUACAGUGCAUGUUUCUGUCGUUUGUGCUGGGGAUCACUUCCAGGUAAAGAACUGGGGCUUCAUAACAAGUGGGUAUGGAAAAUGUGGGCAGCUGGAGUUUCAUGGCUCCUUUCUCCUUCCUCAGCUUUGCCUCCUGUUGCUUGGACUAUAUGAGUGAAAACCCAGAAGACAGAAUGGAAUCACAAGAAUCAGUGACCUUUGCGGAUGUAGCUGUAGACUUUACCCAGGAAGAGUGGACCCUACUGGACUGGUCCCAGAGAAAACUCUUCAGAGAUGUCAUGCUGGAGAACAUAAGUCAUCUAGUCUCAGUUGGCAAACAACUCUACAAAUUAGAUACAAUUUUCCACUUGGAACAAGGAGAGCAACUUUCCACAGAAGGGAUAGGUUUGCUGCAAUGCCAGAGUCUAGAUAGGGAAGAUGAUCUUAAAAAACAAGAAAUAAUAUUCAUGCAACAUAUCUACAAGAAGGACACGACAUUAAUCAGUGCAAUGAAAUCUCACACCCAAGAAGAUCCUUUUGAAUGCAAUGAUUUGGGAGAAAAUUUUACUGAAAUAUUAACUUGGACUCAAUAUGUGGUACCUAAAAUGGGAAAGAAUCCCUAUAUCGGCAACAAAUGUGGACAAGACAGCAGUUACUUGACAUCCAUUAAUAUACAUAAGCAGAGUCAUGCUACAAGUAAACCAUAUGAAUGUCAUCAAGGUGGGAAUGCCUUUAUUCAAAGCUCUGCCCUUAGACAACCCAAUAAUACUCAAAAUGGAGAGAAAACAUUUGAAUGUCAUGAAUGUGGGAAAGCUUUUGGAAAAAGCUCUAACCUUAGGCGACAUGAGCUGAUUCACACUGGAGUGAAACCUCAUGGAUGUCAUCUAUGUGGGAAGGCCUUCACUCAUUGUUCUGACCUUAGAAAACAUGAGAGAAUUCACACUGGAGAGAAAUCAUAUGGAUGUCAUCUGUGUGGGAAAGCCUUCAGUAAGAGUUAUAACCUUAGGCGACAUGAGAUGAUUCACACUAGAAAAAAACCUCAUGAAUGUCAUCUAUGUGGGAAAGCCUUCACUCAUUGUUCUGACCUUAACAAACAUGAAAGAACUCACUUUGGAGAGAAACCAUAUGGAUGCCAUCUAUGUGGGAAGACAUUCAGUAAAACAUCUUACCUUAGACAACAUGAGCGAACUCAUAAUGGACAGAAACCGUAUGAAUGUCACCUCUGUGGGAAGGCAUUCACUCAUUGUUCUCACCUUAGAAAACAUGAGAGAACUCACACUGGAGAGAAACCAUAUGAAUGUCAUCUAUGUGGGAAAGCCUUCACUGAAUCUUCUGUCCUUAGACGACAUGAGAGAACCCACACUGGAGAGAAACCGUAUGAAUGUCAUCUGUGUUGGAAAGCCUUCACUGACUCAUCUGUCCUUAAACGACAUGAGAGAACUCACACUGGGGAGAAACCAUAUGAAUGUCACCUAUGUGGGAAAGCUUUCAAUCACUCUUCUGUCCUUAGACGACAUGAGAGAACUCACACUGGUGAGAAACCAUACGAAUGCAAUGUAUGUGGGAAAGCCUUCAAUAGAAGCUAUAACUUUAGACUGCAUAAGAGAAUCCACACUGGAGAAAAACCAUAUAAAUGUUAUGUAUGUGGGAAAGCCUUCAGUAAAUAUUUUAACCUUAGACAACACGAGAAAACACAUGUAAAGGUAAUAAAUGCAGAAGAUUCACCACCUAUAGCUUCAAACUAUAAACACACUUGAGGGCCCAAACACCUAAGAAACACUUUGUAAUACGUAUGGGAGAGCCUUUAUUCAUCCUUAUGACUUCACUCAACUGAAGUUAAUCCAAAAUGGGAGAGAAUCCAUAUAUGGGCCAUCUGUAUGACAAAGCCUUUAGAUAAUGGACUGACCUGGGAGUCAAUAUAUGACCUGGGAGAAUGUAAAUGAAGUGAGUGUGGAAGAAUUUUCAUCCACAGUUCUGUUAAAGUGGAGAAGUCACAUGUCAGAGAUAAAUCUGUGUCAGUAAUCAAUGUAGACAUACUUUUCAUUUAUCCUUUAAAUAAAUUGCACAGGGAGGAUUCUAGAUCAGUAAUCACUUUGUACUCAUUCAAUUGAGCAACACACUUGCAUGCAGAAGAAAACUCAGUGAUGUGUAUCUGCUAAACCAAGAAAUAAGUGGGAAAGAAUCAUUACUGGGAAGAUGAAAAUUUUGUUGCCAAAUGGUUUUGUUCAGUGAGAACUAGGACACGAAAGUGGCUGAAGACAUUUUGGAGUAUCCUAUUUCCUGAGUGCCUCAUAUACUUACAAUAAUCUCUGUAGUGACAAAAAACACUGGCAAAGCUGAAAACAGAAGUAAAGACAAUCUGACCUUGCCUAUAUCCCCAUCACAACAGCUACAAAUCCACAAAUCACCAAGUAAGAAUGAGACCUGGGAGUCCCAGCACCUCCCACAUGCAAAUGCAGAAAGCUAGGAAAGUAGUUGGUGCUUCUCUACUGCCAGGAUAACAAGAGAAGGCCAAGUCAUUAGUACUCAUUUGAACAUGAUUAGUAAUCCUGCUUCACAAGUAGCAAAAAAGAGAAUGUAGAUGCUUAUUAUUAAUUUAUAAUAUUAUUAUGAGGGAGUAUGCAAUGCCCUUUUCAAUCCCCCACGUUACUUCUGUUCUUUGGUUUGAAUAUUAUAUAUUAUUGUUGUGUCCUCAAACUGACUUUUGUUUUCAGUGUGUAAAGUCUAUUAAACUCCAUUAAUGUCGGAGGACAUAGUUUCUGAAACCUAGAACUACUAAAUUUCUCCAUCUUUUCAUAUUUCUUAUAACUUCUUUUUAGUGUAAUAUAAAAUUUUCCUAACUCCAGUCUCAAGAUACAUGUGGGUUUGUUCAUUUUGUCUUUUUUAUUUUUCCAUUACCUUUCCUGUUUUGCAAUGGUCUGUUUUUUUGUUGUUUUUUUGUUUGUUUGAUUGAUUUCACACGUGGUCUUAAAAAAAGGAAGGGGCUGAAGUUGAUAUUGUUUUACCUAGAGAAGUUUAUUAUUCUCUUACAUCAUUUCUUCCAUUCAGGAAUUGAAAUAGUCAUAAAAACGGGGCACCUGGGUGGCUCAGCUGGUUAAGCAUGCAACUCAGUUUAAGCUCAGGUCAUAAUCUCAGUUUGUGAGUUUGAGCCCCACAUCGGGCUUUGUGCUGACUGCAUGGAGUCUGGUUGGAUUCUCUCUCUUCUGCUUCUCCCCUAUUCAUGCUCGCUCGCUCGCUCUC